UAACUCUUUCCUUGGCAAUCUGUUGUAGAAAUUACAACAAUGGGUAAGGAAUCGUUAUGAUGAAUUAGAUGAAGUUGUAUGUGAGCUCCUCCCUGACAAACAAACUGUAGUCUAGGUAACCGCCUUAUCAGUCAAGUAGGCUAAAAAUCUGUGUCCUUUGAUGUAAGCUUUGAUGUCUCUUUGUGCAUAUGUAGUUAUAAAAAAAAAAAAAAAAAAAAAAGAAACCUUUGACUAGCUAGGAAGAGUAGCAGCAGUAGGCAGCAGUAGUAGUAGCAGUGCAAGCAGGACUAGACUAGAUUAAAAAGUUGGUGGAAAGAAUAACUGACCGUUUGGACGUCACCUGGCUGCCAGACUUUCAUCUGGACUCUUCCCCCUGAGUAGCUGGCCUUUCUCUAAGCCACAAAACUGAGCAAGAAGCUGAAGAAGCAGCUAGACAGAGACAUGUACCUAGCCUUGAGAAUUGGGAGGCGUGGCUCAACUAGUUAGCCCAGCCCAGAGGAAUUGUUACCGUGGGUACUGAACAACCGUAGAAGUAGGGCUACCCCUGGCUUUACUGAAUUAACUAGCUGUGUCUGCUGUCUAGUUGGACCAGAUUUAGCUAGAUAAUGGGGUAGAGAAUAGUUGAGCGGUGCUGUGUGUAGCUUGAACUGUACUGGCUGGCAAGAAUCUAGUAAGCACCCUAUGCACUGAUAACUCGUCAGAAUGGAGGGUAUGUUCUAGGGAUCUGGACAGCUGUACAUCCAAAGGAGCCAGGGAGUGCCAAUCAUCUUCUCCCAGUCUCUGACACGCUAAACAAAAGGAGCUAGAACUGGGAGUCCCAGCUAGAAUUGCUAGCCGGAUCUAGACUAAUAGAAUGACUUGGAGGCGUGGUGAGGCCGGAUCCACACUAAUUGAUCGACCUAAAGACGCUCCUGUUCCAGAUUUCACGAAUGGCAAGGAAAGGGAUAAAGUAUAAUUAUAUCUGUUUCAUGCAUGUAGGUUGCUCAGGAUUUCUACUGGAAAGGCCUACAUGCUGACGUCAUACAGCUCUGCAAGCACUGCGACAAAUGCCAACGAACGAAUCACCAACUGCAGAAGCCCAGAGCAGAACUACACCCCAUCCCUGUGACAAAGGUCUGGUACAGAGUUGGUAUUGACUUGGUAGGACCUCUACCUGAAACAAGCUCUGGAAACAAGUACAUUAUCACCCUUUCAGACUAUUUCUCUAAGUGGCCUGAGGCUGCCCCACUCCCAUCAAAAUCAGCAGAAGGUGUAGCAAAAUUUCUGUUUGACACAUUUUGCAGGCAUGGGUGGCCAAAAGUGAUUCAAUCAGACCAAGGAAGAGAGUUUGUCAACGAAAUCAACACCCGACUUUUUCAGUUGACUGACAUACAGCACUGCGUAUCAAGUGCUUACCACCCACAAACAAAUGGCCUUGAUGAACGCUUCAACCAGACUCUAGUGAACACUCUCAAGAAGGUAAUCGAUUCUAGUACUGAUGACUGGGAUCAGCAUCUCUCUGCUGCUCUUUAUGCCUAUCGCAUAUCAAAACAGGCGUCAUCAAAGUACACACCCUUUUUCCUAAUGUUCAAUCGCCACCCGCGGAAAGCUGUUACUUUUGAUAUGGAUCAACGAGAUGGUGCCGACGCUAUAGAAGAUAGAGGAGAUGCUGACCAAUUGAGUGGAGAGGAGACUGAAAAUGAAGAAGACGGAAAAGACAUGGAUGGAAUUCUCCGAAGGUUGAUGGAAAUUCGUGACCGCUGUCACCUCAAUGCCAAGGAGAACAUUGCUGCUGCACAGCAAAAACAGAAGCAGCAGUAUGACAACAAGCAUAACUCUUUGAAGAGUUAUCCAGUUGGCAGCAGUGUCAUGCUAAAGAAUAUGGCCAAUUCUCAUCGAAUGGGAGGGAAAAUGGACUGCACCUGGAAAGGUCCAUAUAUUGUCCAUAAGAUCCUUGACAAGGGUAGAUACGAGUUGCAGUCUGGGAGCGGCAAAGUAUUGAAAAAGUGUUACAAUGGGGUACUGCUAAAGGAAUACUACUCUCCAGAAACCAACGAUGAAGAAAACACUCUUCCUGGCUCUGAAGACAACCACUCUUCUCCAGUCAAAUCACCUCCUAAGAAUAAACGAAUGCCUGACGUACCCUCUCAAAAUCCUGACCUACCCUCUCAAAAGCCUGAUAUACCCUCUCAAAAGCCUGAUGUACCCUCUCAAAAGCCUGAUAUACCCUCUCAAAAGCCUGAUGUACCCUUUCAAAAGCCUGACCUACCCUCUCAAAAGCCUGAUGUACCCUCUCAAAAGCCUGAUGUACCCUCUCAAAAACCUGACCUACCCUCUCAAAAGCCUGACCUACCCUCUCAAAAGCAAGAUAAGCGUGAUAAGCGUCCUCUUGACACAAAAGAUCCUUGCAAGUCACCUCCUAGGAAGAAACAAAAGAGUCAGGGAACGAUGUGGCUGAAGACCCUAGAUCUAAACCUCUUUGACAAACAAGUGUUGAGUGCAAUAGGUGGUAUGCUCUCCGACAAGCAUAUGCGUGCAGCCCACCAGUUAUUAUCGAUGCAAUUCCUUAAGUUUGAAGGCUGCUAUAAUACUCUCUUGGCCCAAUUAAAGGCAUUUCCACCAGUUUCCAAUAAUCAAGGCCCAGCUGUGCAAAUCUUCUUUGUUGAAGAACGACAGCACUGGAUUGCCACUUCUCUGUUUAAGGGUGAACUGUAUUUGUACGACAGCUGCUUCAAUGGAACGCUUUCCCCAAGUACUGAGCUCCAGAUAGCACAAGUGUAUAGCCCAUUAAUUCAAUGCAAUGGGCUGUUGAUUUCUGUGGUGGCUCUCCAGCAGCAAGAGGGUGCUAACAACUGCGGACUAUUUAGCAUUGCUGCUGCAUAUCACGCUGCUAUGAACGAUAAUGUGGAUUCUCUAGUGUUUGAUGAGGCCAAAAUGAGAGCACAUCUCAUUAAGUGCUUUGAGAAGGGCAAACUCUCACGGUUCCCUCGCACAAAGAAAGCGAUGCCCAAAAGACCAACACCACAAACCAUUGCCAUUACAAUAUACUGCAUGUGCAAGAGACCGGACUCUUUUGAGGAUAUGGUCAUGUGUGACAAAUGUAGUGAGUGGUAUCACUAUCGCUGUGCCAAAAUUCGCAAAGAACCAGUAGGUAAUUGGUUUUGUUCUGGUUGCAUCACUUUAUGAUUUGUGCACUUUUGGUUAUAUUUAUUGUACUUCUUUCUCUUGCAUUGUUGUAUAUAUUGAG